AUGGAUGCCCAAAUCGAAGUCUUGGACGGCUCAAUCCAUAUAGGCCAAGAUAGAGUUGUAACUGCAUCCGGCAUACGAGCCCAAGUUGCCGUGUGCUGGUUCAGAACACUAGGAAAUGCGGAACGCGACGGGAAGCCUUCCAACCUUGAUGCUAUCCUUUUCUUCUCCGGAAAUGUGAGUCAAUUUCUGCUGGCGGAUAUGACUAUGUAUAGGGCGGAAGAUUACUCCGAUAGGGCUAUGAGAUUUUUGAAUUUGCCGGAUUUCAUCGCGGGCAGAUGCCGUCACCUCAAAUGUGGGCGGCUCAGAUAA